AUGUCAGUAGAACCCACAUGUACAACACAUGACGAUUUCAAAAAGGAAGCAGCCGCGAUGAGAGAGUGGUUCACCAAUGAAAUGAAACUCGAAUGGACUCCCAUAGCAUACAACAACCCAGACGUCAAAUUAUAUGAACUCCCAAUGAGAGGGUAUAGUCACAGAACAAGAUGCAGAGUCCACUGCAACUCAACUUACGAACAGAUGCUCAAAUUCAAUAUGGACACGACUUUGGAAGAACUCAAAAAGUACGACAAGUCGAUGCUCAAUUACGAGAUCUUCGACAAAGUUGAUGACACAUCUAUUAUCAUUACUCACACCGCAUUUUCCGUCACUUGGCCAGUCACUGCCCGUCAGUUUGUCUCCCUUCAUGACAAUUAUGACGUCGACAAUGGACACGUCUUCAUUCAGACUUCCAUCAAAAACGACAAGGUCAAGUCAAACCCAAAGUAUGUGACUGCCUUCAAAAAGUCUGGUCUCUUUAUUGAGAAAGACAAAGAAGAUGACAAGAAGUGUUACAUUGAGAGAAUCAUUGAGAUGGAUCCACGAGGAAGUAUCCCAACUUUCAUUACUUCUUCUUACAAAACAAAUGACGCUGAAAGACUUCUUGAGAUGCGAGCGUACGUCGAUCAAAAGGUCAAAAAGGGUGAGUUAUAA